GAGCUCUGUAGCUUGACCACACCCUUCUGCUGAGUUUGCAAUCACAACACAGGAAACACAAAAAUCAUCAACUUGUCAACAGAGAAAGAAGAAUUAGAAAAAUGGCAGAAGAAAGGCCAAUGCUGUAUGACUCUCUUAGUGAAGAGGAUGGUCAACCACCUCCAUACACUGAUCAGCCGAAGGCUAGCUCCAAGUCGUCUAAGGUACACAAGUUCAGUUUGGAUCAGAGUCCUGCAGUGAAGAUGCAGGAUGCUCCCCUCAGUACAAUAUACGUGGGUCUGUUUGCCACAAUCUGCUGUAUAUGGCCCUGUGGACUUGUUGCAGUGAUCAUCGGAUUGCAGGCUCUCCAAGCCUAUUACCGUGGUGAUCUGCACGAGUCUCGCCGUAAGAACACCAUUUCCAAGAGGUUUACUAUUACCAGUGUCGUACUGGGGAUAGUCCUGAUCAUUGCAUGUCUGGCUCUGUUUGUUAUGGAGUUCAUAGCAAUUACAAAUUUGCCUAAAAGUACCGGUCAAAGUCGACCAAUUUCCAUCAGUUGAUUUCAGUCAGUUAUAUAUAUACAUGUAUAAUUAUGUAACACUGAUUACUUUAAUAAUUGUGUAGCGUACGUUGUACAGACUAUUACUGUUUGUUAUAAGUUAAAUAAUACAUGUAAUGUAGCAUGCGAGUUAAAUAUAACAUUGGGUUAUGUUUUGCCCUUAAA